AUGGCGGACCCCACCACUGGCGACGCUCAAGUCCACCUGACGGACAUUGACGUCGAUCUAGACGUGCAAGAGAUUCUCCUCGCAGCUUCGCAGCACGACAUCCCUAAGCUCCGCCUGCUGUGCCGCACCCAAUCGUCAGUACCUGAUGCAGCGAAUGUCAAAGAUCCAGAAACCGGUUACUCGCCCCUCCAUGCCGCCAUUGCAGCGUGUGAGCCUGACGCGGACGAGCAGACAAAUGGCGUGAACGGCACAGAGGCCAAUGGUGAUGCUGAGCCUAGCAAUAACGAGCAGAUGAAGGCUGGCGUGGAUACCGUCAAAUUUCUGCUGCAAGAAGGCGCGAUCUGGAACGAUCUUGAUAACAACAAUGAGACGCCCGGUUGUCUGGCGCGACGGAUUAAGGCGCUGGAGAUGUACGAGCUGAUCGUCGAUGCUGGUGUGCGCGCAGAAUUGUUAUUGAAUCGAUUGGAUGCCUACGAGGAACUCUCUGAAGGCUCAGACGAGGAAGAGGGCGAAGGCGUAGAGAAGACAGACAACGAGCCGGAGACAGCACCAGAGCUCGUGGAUGCAUCCGCAGAACAACCCGCCGCAGCUGAAUCAUCGGGCGAGGCUAAUCCAGGCGUGACAAAUCGCGGUUACCUCGACUCUAACCUGAAUAUCGAUCAAGAUCGAAUCCUUGACUCCGACCAAAACGGCGUGAUGAUGCGCUGGGAAAGCGACAUUAUGCUCAAAUCGGCCAAGGCCCUUCUCCCACGGCCGGGCCUCAAGGUGCUGAAUAUUGGACAUGGCAUGGGCAUUGUCGAUACAUUUUUCCAAGAACAGUCUCCGGCCUCACACCACAUCAUUGAAGCACACCCGUCUGUGCUCGCGGAAAUGAAGAGCCGUGGAUGGGACACCAAGCCUGGUGUGGUGAUUCACGAGGGCCGGUGGCAGGAUAUCCUGCCUGGCCUAGUUGGACAAGGAGAGACUUUUGAUGCGAUUUACUACGACACCUUCGCGGAAUCCUACGCGGACUUCCGCGACUUCUUCUCGGAACAGGUGAUCGGGUUGCUGGAGCAAGACGGCAAAUGGGGAUUCUUCAAUGGCAUGGGCGCCGAUCGACAGAUCUCCUACGAUGUCUACCAGAAGGUGGCAGAGAUGGAUCUCUUCGAGGCAGGCUUCGAUGUCGACUGGGAGGAAAUUCCCGUGCCCAAGCUGGAGGGCGAGUGGGAAGGCGUCCGCAGAGCCUAUUGGGUCGUUGAUAAUUAUCGGCUCCCGCUGUGUCGAUUUAUGGAUUGA